GCCCUACGUUGCACAGCCGGUGCCGCAAAAAAGUUUCAGGGCAUCGGAGCAGCUACUUGCUCCGACGCCAAAUUCAUCAAGCCAAUAAAAAAAUGAUUCCACGAUCUAUCUCUCGUUCUUCUCCGCUGCGUACCUCCACCGCUCGACUCGAAAGGCCCUCGACCACCACCUCCGGCCAUGACCGCCGCCUUUGGACGCGAGCUCAGCCAGCCCACGUACCACCUCCACAUGGCCCGACGCCGUCAACUCCGGCCGCGAGCUCGGCCUGCCCCCGACCUCCGCCCUUGGACGCGAGACCGGCCAGCCCGCACAACACCUACGCACAGCCCAACACCGGCAACCUAGGUCGCGAGGUCGUCCCGCUCCAACCCAUUCGAUCUCCUCCACCGCAAGGUCGUGCUGCGCGCGACCUCCACCCACUCCGGCCCGUCGUCUUCCUCUGCCCGGGCUGCACAAUUUUCUGAUAUGGAUUGGAUAAAGGAAGGGGAUUUUUUUAGGGAGGAAGAACUCGGUCAAGGGACUGAAGAUCGAGCGGGUCGCCUUCUUUUAGUGUGGGGUCGCCUUCUUUUAGAUCGAGCGGUGCCUUACGCUGUGAGGCCGGUGCUGUGAAAAAUUUAUUUGGCAUCCAUGGUGAUGUGGCAGCUUUUUCAGCAAUUUAGCACCGGUAACAUAGUGGAGGGCCUAACCCGUGCUCCAUUUCUUGCGAUUCACCGCCGCCGCCCAUCGCCCCCCUCCCCUCCCCUCCGCUCCCGGUGACCUAGCCCGUGGUCUCCGGCCUCCCAGGCACCUCCCCCCUGCGACCCGCGUCUGCUCUUCGAUGGAGGAGGAGCACCCACCUGUUCGUCAGCGCGGCCCGCCUCCGCCGCCGCAUGGAGGCACCCAUUCCGGAGACGGAAUCGAUCACCUCAGUGCUCUACCCGACGAGGUACUCCACCUCAUCCUUUCCCGCCUCGAUCACCACCGUGAUGCCGUCCGCACCAGCAUCCUCUCCGGCCGGUGGCGUGCGCUGAUGAGCGGCCUCAGCAUGGCAAGGUUCAGUAUACAGCAGAUAAAGAUCAAGUCUGUUCGAAGGGCGAUCCGUGCGCUCGGAUUGGUACUCGGCGCGCUUGGGGCGCAGCGCCGCGCGUUCGGAGGAUUACGAGUACUCGAGAUCUGUGUUCCUUAUGGAAGGCGUAUCUACGCCAAGGACGUCUCGAAGGUCCUCUUUGCCGCCGCGGAGGUCUCGCCAGUGGAGGAGUUCCGUUUCAUCCUCCCGUGGAACGUAGAUCCGGAAUCCGAUAGCCCUGUGGUUCUCCCUGGCUUCCACCGCGCCAUCUCAGUCCAUCUUGACGUGUCUUACCUUCUUGUUGAGAAUCUGGCUGGGAGCUUCCCCGUGCUCGAGCGAUUGACGCUCAAGGGCUUCUGGCUUGAUAUUUACACCUUGGUCAGCCUUUGCCCUCGUCUGCGUGUGCUCAGGAUCAUAUCACUUGAUCGCGGCAGCAUCGUCAUUCAAUCAGCGACCCUGCAGGAACUCCAUAUUGAGAACGCUGAGGAAUGUUAUGUGACAGAGAACAUUGAUAUCACAGCCCCCGCACUGAAGCAUUUAACCCUUUCCGUCUUCACCAACCAGAACUGCUGCAGCUUGUCCAUCUCCGCUCCAAUGGUGGAGCAGAUCUCGUGGGAGUGCAAGUACAGCAACAUGGCAAUUGGGAUUCGUGAACUGUGGCAACUCACGAGCCUGAGCUUAAAGACAGGGGAGGGUGCCAUCACCAAUGAUGUGGAUGGCACUUGUCUGUCGCUGCAUAUAUCUGCCUACAAUACUUCACGUGCAAAUGAAGCAGAACACGCGUUUGAGGGGGAGAUACAAAACCUACCAGUUGGUGACCUGUGUACUUUGGAGCUGCAUCUUUCCCUUGGGCAGACGGGGCAUGCCUGGAGAUCCAUUGUGCUGCAUAUACUUGGCAUACAGUUUAUUCGUAUUGCUACCCAAAGGCUUAAGCUUGUUCUACGGAGGUCUGAGGUAAUUGGGUGGAAGGAGCUUGCACAGCAGAUUGUCCAUGCCAUGAGCCUAUGCAAAUUCCCUCCUUAGUCAAUCUUCAAGAAGUGGAAAUCAAAGGCUUUAGAGGAGAUGGCUACGAGUUCGAGUUCUUGCAAAUGGUAUCCGGGGCUGCACCAUUACUUGAAAAAACGACGACCAUCAGGUCUGCAGGGAACUAGAUGAUGCAUAUUGGACAGAAGGAUUAAAUACUCAAAUUCUGUUGUAAUGCUUAAAUUCUGUUUCGGAGCCUGAGAAACUGUUUUCAAUUUCUUCCGUUAUUUGACAGCCAUUAGUCUUGGUAAGGAUGUUGGGCACUUCUAUCUUGCAAUGGACCUGCAAGGCAGAACCUGGCAAUAAUGCGCUUGGCAUUGUGUGAUGACUGAGUUCGGUAGAUACGAAGUAAAGAUUGUAAGUACACUGUUAUGCAUAUGCUGUGUUCUUCUCUAUGGUCAUUUGAGUAAAGUUUUGCAUGAUUUCUUUCUGAAAAUCAAAACACAGAUACGCAUUCAAUCUUGAGAUUUGGGCUGGUGAUUGUUGUGGCAAGGCUUGUUAUGCAGAUGUUGUGUUCUUCUUUUUGGUCAAUUUGAGUAAAGUUCAGCAUGAUUUGCUUGUGAAAAUUAAUACACGUUAUCUUAAGAUUUGGGCUGGUGAUUAUUGUUGCCUAUGGAAAUCUUCAUCUCGAUUAAUAACCAGUCUGUAGUAUACAGAAGCUGGCGGUCUACAUACAAAUUAGAUUAUAGCAUUUUUCUACUCACCAAAUGGUGCACACCCUAUUUGUCCGCGGACGUUCUGCGGAUACACUUGUCCGUGUAUAAUGGGGUACCCAACGGCGAGAAUGUAUCUCCACUACUAGUAAAAGAGCAAACUUGAAUUACCCUAUAGCCACACCAACUAAUGUACACAGGAUUACCAGAAACGUCCGAUCAACCCACCUAAAUCACAUCUAACAAUCCAAAUUACAUCAAGGGGUCGGCCGUAUAAACCAACGCGCCAGAUUGAAUGUUCUGCCGGCAGACUACGUUCUGUCCGGCUGCCCCACGACCAAACCUCGACCACCUCCACCGAAUCUCCACUAAUUGCGCCACUGCCACACCGAGAUUUCCUCUCGCUCCCUCCCGGUUUCCCCUCUGUCUCUCUCUCUCUCUUCCCCGAACGCGCAACAGCGCUAGGGAUUCGCCCUCCCACUAAAUCGAGAUUCAGAUCAUGGAGGGCGGCGUAGGAACUGUCGAAUCCUGCCACCCCCAGAAUCCUUCUUCCUCUCCUUCCCUUCUUUAUGCCCAACACAUGUACACCCACCUGUAGCAGCUCCUCUAUUCUUCGCAUGUUCAAUUGCUCCUCUACUCUUUCCCUCUGUGUGUGCUUUUCUUUGUAUCUCUACUCAGGACAACGGCGACUAGGCGGACCGGCGACUGGCGGGGCGACGGAAAAGGGUGGGCGACGCCGUGACAAGAUGAGGGCAUGAGGCGGAGAAACCGAGCGGACAAGCAACCGGCGCACCUACAGGUACAUCCAUACAGGUGAAUCGAUCGAUAUUUCUUUUUUUUAACAGGCACACGUACAUGGAAAAGGGAUCGAUUAAUCGAUCGAACCGAUAGCUGCUAGGCAGGCGUGGAUGCACGGUGUGCUGGCCGGUGUCCAGAUCCAGAUCUUACAGGUGCCCAGCCCAAAAAGCUGGACUAUGUAUAAGCACAAAAUUUACCUGCUCAAGCUUCCUUCCGUAACUCCUACAUUGGUGUUUAAAGACUUGGCGGUAAACCGAGUGGUGGUCUUACUAUCUUAAUACUCAACUGCCUACUAUGAGAAUUGUAUUUCUGUUUUUAUGAUAACUAUGGAGCUAUGACUAAAAAUCCUAUGGAGUUAUGAUCCAAAAAAGAACUGUGGAGUUGUGUGCAAAGAAAGAGAAGGACAUAAUGUUUCUCAAUUUUCCCUUUGUAUCAGUAUAUGUUUCACAUUAUAUCAUAGGCACAAUUAGUUGAGCUCUCAAGCAGAACUUUUCCAGUAUGACUACACUUACAAUGCCUUGUGAGAAUUUUGUAGAAGGAAAUAUUUCGCCCAUGAAAACCUGA